GCAACGGGAGCAGCCCGGCCGGCCCGCGCCCGGCCCCGAGGGCUUUGUGGCGGCCCGUGCCCUGCGGCGGCCGAUGCCCGCAGCAGCCGGCGCUGCCGAGCGGCGGAGCUCGGCGUGGCCAGGCCGCCUUGCUGCCUGCGCUUUGUUUGUGCCAUGCUGGCCGCACAAGUUUCGGGCUGGGGUUGAGGGGGGAGAAGAAAUAUCUGUUGACCAGGGCGUUGUGACGCUGGCGCAUAUAAGGCUUUGAGUGAGAUUCCCAGCAGCGGGAAUAGGAAGGUACUCGUGCUUCCUCCGCUGGGACGUGCAAACGGAUGUGAUCUUCGUGGUGAGCUGGUGGGAAAAUUGAGUUGUAAAUCACCCCAAUGGAUGCGGACAGUGAUGUUGCACUGGACAUUUUAAUCACAAAUGUAGUGUGUGUUUUUAGAACAAGAUGUCAUUUAAACUUGAGGAAGAUUGCGUUAGAAGGAGCAAAUGUGAUAUACAAGCGUGAUGUUGGGAAGGUUUUAAUGAAGCUUAGGAAACCUAGGAUUACGGCCACAAUUUGGUCCUCAGGAAAAGUUAUUUGCACAGGAGCCACAAGUGAAGAAGAAGCUAAAUUUGGUGCCAGACGACUAGCUCGUAGUCUACAGAAACUAGGUUUUCAGGUAAUUUUCACAGAUUUUAAAGUUGUGAAUGUUUUAGCAGUGUGCAACAUGCCCUUUGAGAUCAGAUUGCCAGAAUUUACAAAGAAUAACAGACCUCAUGCAAGUUAUGAACCAGAACUUCAUCCUGCCGUGUGUUACAGAAUAAAAUCUCUCAGAGCUACCUUACAGAUUUUUUCCACAGGCAGUAUCACAGUUACAGGGCCAAAUGUAAAGGCUGUUGCCAGUGCUGUGGAACAGAUUUAUCCAUUCGUGUUUGAAAGCAGGAAAUAAAUUUUUAAUUCACCACUUGAUGGUUAGGUUCCCUAACCAAGCACCUUCAAAGACUGCUGCACAUUGGACUAAAAGCAAAAAGGAAAACUGGACCAACUACAGCAGAGGAAUACAGACUCUUUUACUUGCUCAUGGCCACAGUAGAGACUCCAGUUCUUUUGGAUUUUACUCUUAACAGUGCUGUAUUGUAAAAACAGAAGUUUACAAGUUAUGAAAUUGCUGCUUUUAAAAAGACAUUCUAUUUAUUUUUGCAGUAAUUUCUGUGUAUUCAUAAGCAAAGCUGUCACGAUGUGCACUACCUUUAAGACUUUUUUUUUUUAGCUUGAGCUUGUGUUUUAUUUGUGAAUAGUCUUUUACAUUUUUGUAUGCUGAAUAUUGGGCACCAAAGAAGCUGUAAAAGUUAUCUUUUUCACCUGAUGAAUGUGCACAAAUAAAAAUUUGGAAAAUAUUUCUCUUCAUACCUGUUCUGUUAUAUUCCUUCCCUUUUUAUAUUACAAUUAAAAUUGUAUAGUGGCAAAUUAAUUUGAAACAAUGUAAGAAUAGUCUUUUGCUGAUACCUUCUGUUUCUGUUUGUAGUAUGUGUAAAACUUCGUGCUUGGGCUAGAUUGAAAUCUAUAGUAGUUAACGUAUGUUUAUCUGACAAUGAAAUUUGGUUUGUUCCCAGUUCUCUUAACUACAUGCCAGACUUCAAGUAUUUUCUUGUUGUUACAUGAAGAGAAGACAUUUCUAAAUAUAAAUGUCUAUAGCAACUGUUUUCCUGUAGAUGAAUCGUAGAAUACGCUGAGUUGGAAGGAAGCCAUCAGGAUCACCGAGUCCAACUCCUGGCCCUGUACAUGACACCCCAAGAGUCACACCCUGUGCCUGAGAGCAGUGUUCAAACGCUUCUCGAACUCUGUCAGGCUGGUGCUGUCACCACUCCCUGGGGAGCCUGUUCCAGUGCCCAACCACCCUCUGGGUGAAAAACUUUUUCCUGAUAUCGAUCCUAAACCUCCUCUGACUCAGCUUCAUGCUGUUUCCUCAAGUCCUCUCAGUGGUCACGAGAGUGAAGAGAUCGGUACCUGCCCUUCUGCUUCCCCUCGUGAGGAUGUUGAAGACCACAAUGAGGUCUCUCCUCAGUCUCCUCCAAGCUGAACAAACCAAGUGACCUCAGCCCCUCAUAAGGCUUCCCCUCCAGACCCUUCACCAUCCUUGUGGCCCUACCUUGGAUGCUUUCUGAUAGCUUAAUUACAUUAUCAACUUAUGAAGCUACUGUAGAAAAAACAACUGCCUUGUCCACCUACUCAAUGCAAAAGAAAAAAAUUUAAAUGUGAACUUCAGGAAAAUUGUUGUGCUUCAACUGGAGAAGAUGUUGUGGUCAUUCUAAUCCAGCCCCAGCCUAUUGCUGAAUGAUUAACACAGACCUUUUCUACAUUCUUCUUACUGUAUGCUGUUUUGAUGACAGGAGCUGCCAACAAGCAGUGGAGCUUGAUUCUGGCAUGUAUUAUAUUUGGUAUUAAUCUUGGACUUGGAAGCCAGUAGAUGUUUCUUUCAGUAAGUGCACAUUUGAAGCAGAAGAGAGGUGAAUGCUUAAAAGUAACUGCAAAUGCUACUUUUAAAAAGAUACAAUAAAUAUGUAUAAAUGUA